AAUUUGAUUUGUUGGGGAAAACUGUCUGGGAGUCGGUGUUUGCGUGUCAUUUGAGUGGUUAGAUUUUGUGUCAUUCCGGCUUUUUUAAUUUACUUGAUAAAUAUCGAUAAAAUCAGAAUGAGGCUUUGUUUACUAGUCAUCGGCACACUGUUGCUUGUCGGGUGUAGUUUUUCGGCCGUAACAAGCGAUCAGUUCCCCGGUCUAGCAAAUGUUGACCGUGGCAUAGAGAACAAGAAUGUCGAGCGGACGAUUGAUAUCACGUCUCAAUUGGUCAAAAUUUCAUAUAAGAUAAGCUUAAACCAUGCUGAAAAGCAGAAUAUCAAGUCAUACACAUUCCUGGUCAGAGGAUCGGAACGAGGGUAUUUAGCAUAUAUUUCGGCAAAGGAUUCGUCGAAGAAGGAGCUAAAACUGACUGAAGAUAAGCCGGGAACAUGGGGCGAGCACUUAGGUUACACUAUGACAUUCAGCACGAACACGCCCACUCAGGUGGUUUAUAUUGAGGCAGUUUUCACGAAGGCAUUGAUCCCGCAUCCAGCGCGAAUCACGCAAUCUGAACGGCAACUUGUUAAAUAUCAUGGCCAUCUUUAUUUCUUCUCACCCAUGUACAAGACUGUCACUCAGAAGACAACUGUUCACUUGGCCUCAAAAAAUGUUGAAUCCUAUACUCAAGUUAAACCAGUAAUUUUAUCAGAGAAUACAGUUACCUACGGACCGUACGAGAAUGUACCAAGCACAUCUGACGAGGAAAUGAUUAUUCACUAUGAAAACAACUCACCCUUCUUAACGGUAACACGCCUUGAGCGGACAAUUGAAAUUUCGCAUUGGGGAAACAUUGCUGUCGAAGAAACGAUUGAUAUCGUCCAUAGUGGAGCCGAAUUGAAGGGAUCAUUUUCGCGUUACGACUUCCAGAAAGAUCCACGAGGUGCACAAUCUGCUGUGAAAUCUUAUAAAACAAUUCUUCCGGCAUCAGCGUCCGGAGUUUACUAUCGUGAUACAAACGGAAACAUUUCAACAUCGAACAUGAAGACUUUAAAGGACUCUGUUGAACUCGAUUUAAGACCACGUUUUCCAUUGUUUGGAGGUUGGAGAACCCACUACACUUUGGGUUAUAACGUACCUUCAUACGAAUAUUUAUUCCGUCGUGGUGAUGAUUUCUUGCUUAAAAUGCGUGUAGUAGACCAUAUUUACGAUGACGUAAUUAUCGAUGAAGCAGUGGUGAAAAUCAUUCUUCCUGAGCGUUGUUCAAAUAUCAAGUUGAUCACUCCAUAUUCAGUAACCCGUUUACCAGAUAGCUUGCAUUACACAUACUUGGACACAAUAGGUCGACCUGUUAUUUCUUUCACGAAAAAGAAUCUUGUUGAGAAUCACAUCCACGAUUUCAACCUCAAAUAUAAUUUCUCUACAAUCUCAAUGCUUUACGAACCCGCGCUAGUAAUCGGUUUCUUGUUUGUUAUAUUCGUGGCGGUGAUAUUCAUGAUGCGUCUUGAUUUCAGUUUAACGAAGGAACGAGAAGUUCACCACCACAAAGAUUAGAUUAGUUUACUUGGUGAAAAUUCAUAAAAUGAAUUGAAUUGAAUUUUUUUUAAAUUUAGAAUAGAAAAUGAUUUAAUGUCUAUGUACGUAUUAGUUUUUUUGAACAUCGGUGCUUAGUGUAAGGAUUUGCCACGCGUGAUUUGUUUGAAAAAGCUGGUAUGGCGACACACUAAUCAUAUAACGGUUCCUCACUGCAAAACAUACUUGAAAAUAAAAUGUCUUAAAUUGAAGCCGUUGUGAGUUUCGAA